AGAAGGGCCAAGCCUUUUGCUCCAGAGCUGUGCUGUGAGGCUGUGUUUCCAUCAGGAGGCUUCAAGGACCACAUCCGGUUUAGCCACGACUGUUGGACCAAACAUUGCAAGCAGGUGGCAGAGUGGGGCAGGCUGAGGAGUCUGAGGCAGCCUGAAAGUUCAGCCCCACUUUUCCCCUCUCCCUGCCUCAGGAAAGCGUGACUCACAUCCUCUGUGACCACUACUUUGCUCUCACCCUGGUCCCUGGAGUGUCCCAGGAGCAUGUCCGCUGGUGCGGGCUGCUGUCUCCAUCAAUUCACCUCCCUCCGGACCCAGGCUGAAGGGAUCGGCUCUGUACUUUAACACCUGUCUUUUUGCACUGUGAUCUAGUCUGAGUGCAAGCCUCCCGGAGGGUGUGGGAGUCCAGUGCAUAGACAGAGGUAUAGAACAAUGCUUCAGGUGGCAAUUUCCUAUUCUUCCUCAAUCAUUGUGAUAGCCUUCAGAUGCAGACUGUGCUGUGAGGGCAGCUAGCAAAGGCUUUGGGGCAGGGAUCCCUCAAAGUCAGCCAACUGGAUGACAGGCCAUGUUCGCAGUGAACCUUGAGGGUUUAUGCUGAAGGCGUCAGCUUGUCUCCACAAUGCAAAGGGGAGGUGGAAGCCAGUUCCGAGUGUGACUGGGCCCCCAGCCAAUGGCUCUGAGAGCUGCAAGGUUCAAAACCCUUGUGUAGACAGCAGACCUCACAGAGAAGGAAGUGGUAGAGGAGCAGAGCAAAGCAGCAACCCAGAGCAGCAUGUCUGAGCUGCAGCAGCUACAGCAGCAUGAGAUCCCCUCUGCCAGGCAGGUCCUGCGGGACAAUUACAGCAACCUCCACAAAGUGGCUGACUACUGUGAGAACAACUACAUGCAGGCAGAAGAUAAGCGGAAAGCCCUGGAGGAGACCAUGGCUUAUAGUGCCCAGUCCCUGGCUAGUGUGGCCUACCAGAUCAGCAACCUGGCCAGCAAGGUCCUGAAAAUGUUGGACUUGCAGGCGGCUGAACUGCGCCAGGUGGAAGCCAGCAUCUGCUCUACUGCACAGAUGGUUGACAUGCACAAGGAGAAGGUGGCUCGUCGGGAGAUCGGGACAUUGGCCGCCUGCAAGAAGCCCCCACUCUACCAGAAAAUCAUCUACCCACAGAACCCGGAACGCCGGGAACCCUACUUCCGGAAGCCUCUCAACUUCAGCAUCCUGGAUGAUGUUGGCCAUGGGAUAAAGGACCAGAGCACACAACUGUCCCGGACAGGAACCCUGGCUCGGAAAUCAAUCAAGACAGCAGGACAGUCUUCAAAUACCCUGGGGAGAAACCCUCGUGUCGCAGAGCCCAUACAGCCUCCUGUGGUUCCUGAAGGCAAAUUGUCAGCUUCAACCUCCACAUUAUCUUUAACAUCGCUCAGCAGCCUCCCUGGAAGCAUCAAUGCAAAGGUACCUGAAGCUCCACCUCCGCCACCUACCUUGUCCAUAGCUGUGUCAGCUCCCCUGAUGGGCACAGACCCAAUGCCACCUCCCCUGGCAGAUAUGCCUGCACCUCCACCCAUUGCAUUCGAGAUGCCACCAAUUGAUUUCCCACCACUGCUACCUAUGCCAGAUCCUGACUUCAUAGAGCCACCGCCACCUCCAGCCUUGACUGACUUUGAAGAUUUGGCACCUCUUCCUCCUCCCCCACCACUGGAUACAGAGGAAUUGUCAUGGGUACCAGACAACUACUUGGAAAAAGUGGUGACGCUGUACCCCUACACUCAGCAGAAGGAGAAUGAGCUCUCGUUCCAAGAAGGGACCGUCGUUUACGUUACACGGAGGUACUCCGAUGGCUGGUGUGAGGGAGUGACCAGUGAGGCGGAGGGCUUUUUUCCAGGCAACUACGUGGAACCUUUCUGUGAAUAGCCCAGCGGGGGUGCAGAAGAUGGUUCGCUUCAAGACCUGCAGAGGUUUAUUGCCUUCUCCCUCAUCUCAUGGGUUAAUGGAUCUUUAUGCAACUGGUAUAUUGCCAGUAAGACCAACCUCAGUGCCCAUCACUUGUUCCACAGAAAUUUCAAACAUUUAUAAGAAUCAAGACACCUAAUCGUGGUAGAGCCUCGUUCCUUGGCCGGGUCACAGAGAAGCUACAGUUGGAAGGUAGCUCAUACCUUAGGACAGCUGUUGGAGGCACACGGAUGCCCUCCCCUAAAAGCACUGCUGUUUCUCUUAAAAGCUAAAACCUCAGCCCUCUUCAAUCCAUGGGAGUUUUGCCAUAGUUUACAGUGGAACCAGGAAUCGGCCUUUAUUGUGGGCACAUUUUACUGGGGUGUUGAUUUGCUCAGUAUUUUGAUUUCACCCCCUGGGUGUGCAGUGUAACUUAUGGCACCUCCCAUUAGGUUUGCAAAAAGUGUCCCACCCCACUGAUUGAAUAGGAUUUAGUACCAGGAAUCCUUAGAUUAGCAAUGAAGGGAAGAGUCUGGGGCAUUCUGUGAUUCUCAGCCUCAUGGCUUCGGUAGCUGCCAGGCUCAUACCAGGCUUUUAGUCUCUCUCCUAUUCCAUAAAAAGCUCAACAGAAUGGGAAUUGUUUUCUGCCCUCUGAAUAAGCCGCCUCUUCGCAGAAUCUGUUCUUGGAAACCAGUGGGAUCCUAACACCUUGAAAAAAAAUCCAAACUGGCUCAGAGGUUUAGUUAAUGCAAUGAUUCCCAACCAAGGUCCUACAGCACCCUGGGGUGCCAUGAGAUCCUUUCAGGUGUGCCACAGGGCAUCAUGUAAUAUGAGCACUGUUAGGUGUGCAAACAUGAUUCACAAGAUAAACUUGGAGAUUUUCAAUAGGGAACCACAGUGUCAAAAAUAUUCUGAUGUUGUGAGCUUUCUGAGUUCUUUGCAACAAAAGAAAUUGCUUUACUAUUUUUUGUAGCCAAAAAUUGAGUAGUGAAAACUAAGGGCUGACAUUUUCUGUAGGGUGCCUUGAGUCUAAAACAUUUGAAAAUGACUGGGUUAAUGCAUUGAGUGGGACAUUUCAGUGCUCAACAGAGCGUAUCAAGUCUGGAAAACAGACCUUUCCUCAUGGGACAGCCUAGCCUAAGAGUGGGAGGUAUUUUAACCACUCAGAGCAGGUUGCCAACUUCUGUUCUCCCUAUCUAGAAGCUAGGAUGAUACAUGCCUGUCCCCCAGGCCUACUGUGAGAAUGAAUGCAUCUGGCAAGACCCACAAGCAUGACAUGAUGAGAAGCAUAGACAGGCCUGGGCACAGCUGUGAGAUAACGUAACAUAGUUGGGGGGUAAAGCAGGUGGAUACUCUUUAACUUUGGCAAGCUUUGGGGAAGUGUGUUAUGCAAACCAGAGUGUGCGCUUCAAUGGCUGAGCGCACAGAAAUAGCCCACCCGUAUAACUGCCCCCCACUGCGUAAUGAUAGGGAGCUGCAAAACACAGUAUGGGCUACUGUUUGGCGUGAUAACAGCACCAUCUGUAAAAGGCUCCACUUCUGCUAAAAUUAGGCUUUUGCUGCUACUGUUUUGCUAAGAGCAGCUGGGGAUUACUGCUGCUGCCUUGAGGUUUGGAGAUGGAAAGGCUCUGUCUCGGAGUCUAACUUGAUGCAUUUUCUGGCUGCAGCUUAUGCUUUAAAGCCAUUGUGGGACUUUGCUCCAUGACAGCUCCCGGACAAUUGGAGGAGAUCACUCAGUACUGACGAGUGCUACUGGGAGCAUCAACAGUGAGGAAAAUGUACUCUCAAAGGCCUGUGGCUGUCCUGUUCUCAAAUGGUACUGGAGCCAAAGGGGAACCUAGAUUGGCCACCUGCUCAGGAAGGACAGGUGUCAUUGCCAAUCCACUUAGGGUAUAGCCAUGUUACUGACCCUGCCCUCUGCUGUAUAUGGCUGUCACUGCUGCUCCCUUGCUGUUAAGGUAAAAGGGUACCCAUUUUUAAUAAAGAGUUUUUGAAAGCUU